GGUUCUUGCCAACGCAGCAGCCCUCCAGCUAUAUAGCCCGGCCGCGCACCGCCCCACCCGCUCAGACCCGCCGCGCGCCCAGCCAGCCAUGGGGAAGAUCACGCUCUACGAGGACCGGGGCUUCCAGGGCCGCCACUACGAAUGCAGCAGCGAUCACGCAAACCUGCAGCCCUACCUGAGCCGCUGCAACUCGGUGCGCGUGGACAGCGGCUGCUGGAUGCUCUAUGAGCAGCCCAACUACUCGGGCCUCCAGUACUUCCUGCGCCCCGGCGACUAUGCCAACCACCAGCAGUGGAUGGGCCUCAGCGACUCCGUCCGCUCCUGCCGCCUCAUCCCCCACGCUGGCUCUCACAGGAUAAGACUCUAUGAGGCGGAGGACUACAGAGGCCAGACGAUAGAGUUCACUGAGGACUGCACCUCUCUUCAGGACCGCUUCCACUUCAAUGAAAUCCACUCCCUUAACGUGCUGGAGGGCUCCUGGGUCCUCUACGAGCUGCCCAACUACCGAGGACGGCAGUACCUGCUGAGGCCGGGGGACUACAGGCGGCACCAGGACUGGGGAUCCGUGAAUGCCAGAGUGGGCUCUCUGAAGAGAGUCAUAGAUUUCUAUUGAAAUAUUUACUCCUUCGUCGUUUCUCAAUCUGGAAACUAAUAAAAUAUUUUCUGUGUGUUACUGGCA